AUGCCUUCUCAGAUCAACAACUUCUUCAUCUGUGCUGCUAGUGUGGUUUUUGCGUGGGGGGGCUUUUUGUUGAGCGUUAUGGCUGCAGUUGUUAACGCUGGCUUUGUCGUCUUGGCACCCGCGGCUCCUCCGAAGGAGGCACAGCGCCCUGCAGCGCGUCACAGGAAGUCUGCCAGACCCUCACCAUCGCGCCGCUCGACGGCUGCAGAGUCCGCAGCAUCUUCGGAGUCGAUCCAGACGCCCACCUCAGUAUUCACCGAUGAUCAACCCCUGAUUGCCUCCCCAUCGGAAAUUCCUGGGACAUCUCCUGCUGCCCAAGACUACUUCGUUCCGAAGCCGAAACGGAAAUCGCUUCUCAAGACUUUGCGACGUUCUUCCUUGAGCUCAGUGCAUUCACCUGACUCAGGAUCGUCCAGCGAUUCGUCGUCAGCCCACAGUCCGGAUGAGUGUGCCAAGGCGGGUAUGAAGCGAGGACGCUCAAAGUCGAUGCCCCGCUGCAAGACGCCCCGAUUGCUAGUAUCGGAGUGUCCGCCGCUACCCUCUUCGACACCGACUUCACCGACUUCGACUUCACCUACUCCCCUGUUAUCGAGAACCGCUACGCUUUUGACCCCGAAAGCGCUGAAGCCCGCUAAGCUUAAGGAGAUGUGCCUCCGCAAGUCAGCGUCUUCACAACUGCCGACUUUGAAGGUUUGGCCAGCCACACCUACUCUGAAGCAGAAAUUUUCGCAACCCCUGCGCACACAGCCGUACGAAGCACCAUAUUUCUUUCCCAUGCCCACAGUCGAACCUCCAUCUCCUCCCAAGUCUCCGAAGGUAUUGAGGAGUGCUCGACGAUCUACGACGGCCGUUGCAAGAUAG